UAUCAGCUUAGAUCACCCGUAUCAGGCCUUUAGUGUCAAAGUUAUAUCUGCGCAGUCUAAUUUAAAAGAUGCUGACCAACUCAGGCCCAGUGGCCAAACUCUAUCUGUCCAUCAUUGAUGAUGUGAUUGAAAGUAUGAAGGAGCUGUUUUUGGAUGAAGGGCUGGAGGACAGAGUGCUGGAUGAUUUAAGGCAUCUUUGGGAGACUAAAGUGAUGCAGUCCAAAGCAAUGGAAGACUUUAGGAAGAACAACAUAAAUUCCUCUGACUUUGUUCUCCAGCUGCCUGCCAACUACCCGCGGGCUGAUCAGAACCAGGAACCUCCAGCCCCUGUUAUGAUCCCAACCAGUCAGAGCAUCCAUAGUUUACCUGUCAAGACCAAUACCCAAACUCUUGCUACUUUUUCCCUCCCUGCUUCACUGGCGUACCCUGUGCAGAUACCAGCAGGCGUCACUCUACAGACAGCCUCUGGUCAGCUUUACAAAGUCAAUGUGCCUGUUGUAGUUACUCAAGCUCCAGUGGGACACCAGCCUGUGUCCAAUGUCUCCCAGAAAGUUCCAGAACGGAGUGAAAUGCCAGCGCCUCAGCCAGUAGCAGUUGCACAGAAUCCUGUCCUGGUUCAGGAGCCUGAGCCGCCCUCUGCUCCUCCUUCCUUUGUCACACAAACGAGGACGGGUCUAACUCUGAUCCAGGGGAAGACCCUUCCUCAGCAACCUCCAGAAGCAGAACUUGCACUGGGAGAAAAUGAGGCAAAUUCCCAACCUGAACCAGUAAACUUUUGUCCUUCUCCCUGCACCCAGUUAUUGGACUACCAGAUUUCUGCAGAGGAGGCUGCUUUAGCACAAAAGACACAGAUUGGAGACAUUGAUGAAAUCCUAAAGGAAGUAAUUGAAGAGGAGAGGGAGAAAGUUGAGAGGGCAAGGAAACUAGCUGCUGGAAACCAGGCUGGUGCUGAUCUUGGGCUGGACUUGGACUACACCUACAGCCAGCUGUCGGAUAUUGUUCAGCUGGAUGGUGCUGCAGACAACUCUGACCCAGAGGAGGAUGAGGACCUUCCUCUGGAAGAGAAUGACUUCCUGGGUUUAAUCAAUGCAGAAGCCAUCAGAGCUCUGAAGGAGGAAAACGGCAGUGACAGCAACAGCAUCUCCUCCAGCAGUGAGGAUGGAGUAGUGGAUGAACUCGUUAAUGCAGAGGAGGAAGAGGACCCUCUUAAUUCUGGUGACGAUGUUGUCGAACAGGACAUACCGGAUCUCUUUGACACGGAUAACGUGAUCGUCUGCCAGUAUGACAAAAUUCACCGCAGCAAAAAUCGCUGGAAGUUUCAUCUGAAAGAUGGAGUGAUGAGUUAUGGAGGAAGGGACUAUGUGUUCUCUAAAGCUAUUGGAGAAGCAGAGUGGUAAUGAGGUUAAAAUCUGCUGAGCAGAUCAUUGUACAUGAAUAAAGGCGAUGAAAAGGAGGGUUGAAGCGAUGCACACUCUGGAAUGGGAAAAAGUUUAGAGAAGCUUAUUGAGACAAAUCAGUUAGUCUUUGUUUUUUGUUUUUUUUUUAUUAAAGCAAAGCUGAAAGGUUAAAAAAAAAAUCUAAUUAAGUUGGUUAAUCUUGCUCCAGUUCACUGAGAGAAAUUAAAUGGAUUUAUGUUGUAUUUGCUGAAAAUAAUUUUAUUAAAAGAAGAUAUUUUCUCUUGUUCUGUAUGAUUUCUCCUGUUUUUACUUAUAAAUAUAGUGUUCUAAAUUAAAUAACAUGCCUUGGGAGGGGUGUAUUUAUUGGCCUAAUUAAAACGAACCUAGUUAAAACCUUUGUUUAAAGGUAAGCCACACAGAUAUUGGACCAUAUCAGACCCCUAGGUUCAAAAAGGAGUUUAAAAAAAAAAAAAAAUCAGAAUACCCCUUGUUUUAUCAAAUGGACAAAGAACCUUUGCAGCACUUUGUUUCCACCUCCUGCCAAGUGCUGUGGUGAUGUCACUUUUUAUUUAGCAGGCACCUGCUGAAUGGAGGAAGCUCUGACCAGGUAUGGCUUGUGUAUAUGAUACAGUACUUGGGCAUACUUUUCU